GUUGUCAGCGGAAGUGGUGCUGUUGUCAGUUAAUGGUGUUAUUAUAAUCCUGCAGUCACUUUUUCGGCCUGCUUUCUUUUUAUUAAUUCUUGUCUUCGGAAAACAUGAAGAAGUUUCUGGACGGCAUCAAAAAGGACAUGACUUUUAAAUCUGCAGGUCCUGGGAAGAAGCUCACUGACGACAGGAGUGGUGCAGCUGACAGAGGCCACAGGAGCUCCGCUGCCAAGCAGCAGCAGCGUGAAGAACCCAGCGAGGGAUCCCAGCGAGCAGGAGCAGCAGCUCUGGCCAGGAUUGAACAGCAGCAGCGGCCCAAACUUCUCACCUCCCAGGACGCCAUCAGGAACCAGGUGAAAAGAGAGCUGGAGGCUGAAGCUGCUGCACUGGCAGAAAAAGACCAGCCAGACACUGCAGAGGGAACCAACCUGGCCGCAAAAGAGCAUCCAUGUCCCUCGGUGUCAGGUGUGUACUUCACCUGCCCCUUAACAGGAGCCACGCUCACCAGGGCGCAGAGGGAAGGCCACAUUAAAGAGGCCAUUUUGAAGCGCUUUGAAGAGGAUGCAGUGGAGGCGUCUGUGAUGAUGAUCCACACUUUUAACAAAGACAAAGAAAAAGUGAAGGCGGCCGUGGACAUCAUGAGCAAGUAUGUGGAAAACAUUUGUAAGAAUCCUUCCGAAGACAAAUACAGGAAGCUGAAAGUCAGCAACAAAGUCUUUCAGGACAAGGUGGUGGCUGUAGAGGGCAGCAGAGAGUUCCUGCAGGCGCUGGGCUUCACCAGCCACAUGCUUCCUGUCCAAGGUACUUUGCCACUUCCUGUGUGCACCUGCCAGGUGUCCUCAUGUGUCUCCCGGUGUGCAGAGGCGGAAGAAGAGUUCCUGCUGUUGCCAGAGCAGAGCGCAGACGCCCUGGAGCUGAUGAAGGAACGGCGAGAUCGUCUCCAGCGCGGCCAGCCGCUCAGAGCUCAGCUGGACCGCCGGCCUCAAGCUUUCCGAGCGUCGGACCACGCCACGCGCUUCCAGCUGCCGCCCGACUUCUACAACCUGAACGCCGAGGAGCUGAAGAAGGAGCAGCAGCACAGGAGCGAUCUGGUGGAGAAGAACUCCAUGCUGCGCACCAAAGCCAUGAGAGAACGGGACGAGCAGCGAGAGAGGAGGAAGUACAACUACGCUCUGCUGCGGGUUCGACUUCCUGAUGGAACACUGCUGCAGGGGACCUUCUACGCCUGGGAGCGACUUCCUGCGCUGUACGACUUCGUGCGAGACUCCCUGCUGGACGGCUGGCAACCCUUUGAUCUCCUGGCUCCAGGAGGCGUCAAACUGCAGGAGUCGGAAGACGUCGCUCUCGCCGAGUGUAACCUGGUUCCUGCAGCCUUGUUGUCGUUGGCGUUUGACGCGGCCGUGCAGGCGGACAUCGCAGCCGUGCAGCAGGCCGACAUCGCAGCCGCAGGAGGAAGAACUCUCCUAAAAGACAAACUUGUGGAAAACAUUCAGACCCUGACCUGAGGAUCCCGUCUUCAUCUCUGGAACUACUUCCCGUCGUCGUUUAUGAACGCUAAUGUCUGCUAGCAUCACACCCGUCUAGGCGGUAUAUUGAACGUGAGUGAGUCCAUGUCUUACAUGCACUAAUAGCUGCAACAAUGACUUUAACACAACACACACCUGACAGGUAGAAGUGGAACGCCUUUUUCCCGCCAUGUCGUGCUGCUGGAAGCAACUUGCAUAUUGUCAUAAAUACUGUAACAAAUAUUGU